AUGGUGCAAUUGUACCGAGUGCUGACGGCAACUGGCCGGCCCAUACAGCGACAACUGCGACAAGAUGUCCGGGCAUUCCAAUCGCAACUGGAGGAUCCCAUUGCAGCCUCGUUCCUCUCCGCAACCAAGACUGCCACGCAAACCCCGCAAACCUUGACCGAGAAGAUUGUGCAAAAGUUUUCCCUCGGCCUCCCGGAAGGGAAGCGCGUCCUGUCCGGCGACUAUGUCACGCUCUCCCCACACCACUGCAUGACGCACGACAACUCAUGGCCCGUCGCGACGAAGUUCAUGUCCAUCGGCGCGUCGAAGAUCCAUAAUAACCGGCAGACGGUGAUGACGCUCGACCAUGACGUGCAGAACAAGAGCGAGUCGAACCUCAAGAAGUAUCGGCAGAUCGAGGAGUUCGCGAAGACGCAAGGGGUCGAUUUCUACCCGGCAGGCCACGGCAUUGGACAUCAAGUGAUGGUGGAAGAGGGUUAUGCUUGGCCGGGAACAUUGGUUGUCGCUUCGGACAGCCAUAGCAACAUGUAUGGUGGAGUUGGGUGCUUGGGGACGCCGGUCGUGAGGACCGACGCGGCCAGCAUAUGGGCGACGGGACGGACAUGGUGGCAAAUCCCACCGAUUGCGAAAGUGACCUUUACGGGAAUCCUGCCAACCGGUGUAACCGGUAAGGACGUCAUUGUUGCGCUCUGUGGUCUGUUCAACAACGACGAAGUCUUGAACCAUGCGAUCGAAUUCACCGGCGCGGAAGAGACGAUGCGAAGCCUCGGAAUCGAUGACCGGCUCACCAUCGCCAACAUGACCACCGAAUGGGGCGCACUGUCAGGGCUCUUCCCGAUCGAUUCGCUGCUGCAAGGAUGGCUGCGAGCGCAAGCCACCGAAGCCGCUAUCUACGGUACAUCGGUCCCCACCGCGAGCCCAACGCAACUGCGCUUCAACCACGAACGAUUAAACGACCUCUUCGAGGACCCGCUGGUUGCCGAUCCAACUGCCAAAUACGGGAAGUACCUCUACCUCGACCUGUCCACCCUCUCGCCGUACGUCUCCGGCCCCAACUCUGUCAAAGUGGCCACCGCGCUCCCGGAGCUCGAAAGCCAGGACAUCAAGAUCAACAAGGCCUACCUUGUAUCGUGCACCAACUCCCGCCGCUCCGACAUCGCCGCCGCUGCCCGUGUGUUCCGCACCGCCGCCGAGUCCUCGCCGGAAGGGACGAUCCCCAAGAUCGCUCCCCACGUCGCCAUGUACAUCUCUGCCGCCUCCGUCGCCGAGCAAGCCGCCGCCGUCGAGUCCGGCGACUGGGAUAUCUUGACGUCCGCCGGCGCCAUGGAGCUCCCAUCCGGCUGUGGACCCUGCAUCGGCCUUGGCACCGGUCUUCUCGAGCCCGGUGAAGUGGGCAUCAGCGCCAGCAACCGCAACUUCAAGGGCCGCAUGGGAAGCGUCGACGCGAAGGCGUACCUCGCGAGCCCCGAGGUGGUGGCCGCGAGCGCGCUCAAGGGUACCAUCGCUGGCCCCGGCUGGUUCGAAGGCGGCAGCGCGGCCGAAGUGGUCCGCGGCUUCGGCGACGGGCGGCACCCCGAGGCGCACAAGACCGAGAGCAUCGCGGAGGCGUUGGAACGUAUCGUGUCCCAGGCGGACAGCCUCAUUGCGCAGGUCGAGUCCUCCGGGAACCUGGGACUGGACAGCAAGACCGCUAGCGAGCAAGCCGAGCAAGGUUCGCCGACUGCCGAAGCUGGUGCCAAAACUCCCUCCAACCCCCCCGCCGAACCGACCGCCGAUGACCUGACGGAGAUCCUCCCCGGGUUCCCCGAGAAGAUCUCCGGCGAGAUCGUCCUCUGCGACGCGGACAACAUCAACACCGACGGCAUCUACCCCGGCAAAUACACCUACCAAGACAACGUCACCAAAGACACAAUGGCCGAAGUCGUCAUGUCCAACUACGACACCGCUUUCGCCUCGAUCGCGCGCCCCGGCGACGUCCUCGUCUCCGGCUUCAACUUUGGCUGUGGCAGCAGCCGCGAGCAGGCCGCCACCGCCAUCCUAGCCAAGGGAAUCCCGCUGGUGGUCGCAGGGAGCUUUGGGAACAUCUUCGCGCGGAACAGCAUCAACAACGGGUUGCUGGGCGUGGAGUGUCCGAAGGUGGUGGAGAAGCUGCGGGCGGCGUUCGCGGAGAAGAAGGGGACGGUGCGGACAGGGUGGAUGCUGACGUGGGAUUUGCGGAGGAGUCGGGUGCUGGUGAAAGAGGCCGGCGGGGAGGAGUGGGAUGUGAAGGUGGGGUCGAUGCCGCCGAAUGUGCAGGAGAUUAUUGCGAAGGGAGGGCUCGAGUCUUGGGUUAAGGCACAAAUCGCAGACCAGUAAAAAGCCGGUCGCACUAGAUGUAUGGGCCGUUUUGGGUGGAUCGAAUGUAACCAAUGUGCAUAUCACGAGAAGUUUAUCCAAAGCAUUGGCAUCCGUAGUGUAGAAUUGGACUCUCAUUAAGAUAUGAAUUACUCGCCACCAACGAUGUCGGUUCUAAUCCAUCUC